GGUGUGGCCAGCCCUCUCACCAGCCCGGACGGCGCUUCUGGCUGGAUCCAUCCGAUCCCACCGCUGUUUUUUGUUUGUUUGUUUGUUUGUUUGUUUGUUUUUUAAUUCCCCUUUCUGCUUCUCAGGACUCUUUCCCUUCUCCGCCCAGGCGCCCUCCCCGCUACCCCGUGAGGAUGGCCCAGAAGGAGAACGCCUACCCCUGGCCCUACAGCCGACCCACGCCUCAGUCUGGCCUGAACACUCUGCCUCAGAGAAUCCUCCGGAAGGAGGCUGCCACCCCCUCUGCCCUUGUCCUCUUGAACCGCUCCAACGCCCCGCCCACAGCUGUCCUUGGGCAGAAGGGGAUGGAGAACAGCAGUGGGGCACCCAACUUCACGCGGCCCUUCACCAUCGACGACUUCGAGAUCGGCCGUCCUCUGGGCAAAGGCAAAUUUGGAAACGUGUACUUGGCCCGGGAGAAGAAGAGCCAUUUCAUCGUGGCACUCAAGGUCCUCUUCAAGUCUCAGAUCGAGAAAGAGGGUGUGGAGCACCAGCUGCGCAGGGAGAUCGAGAUCCAGGCGCACCUGCAGCAUCCCAACAUUCUGCGUCUCUACAACUAUUUCUACGACCGGAGGAGGAUCUACCUGAUCCUGGAGUACGCCCCGCGCGGCGAGCUGUACAAGGAGCUGCAGAAAAGCCGCACUUUUGACGAGCAGCGAACAGCCACGAUCAUGGAGGAGCUGGCAGAUGCCCUGCGCUACUGCCACGAGAAGAAAGUGAUUCACAGGGACAUCAAGCCGGAGAACCUGCUCCUGGGGCUGCAGGGGGAGCUGAAGAUCGCGGAUUUCGGCUGGUCUGUGCACGCGCCCUCCCUGCGGAGGAAGACGAUGUGUGGCACCCUAGACUACCUGCCCCCCGAGAUGAUUGAGGGGCGCACGCACAAUGAGAAGGUGGACUUGUGGUGCAUCGGGGUGCUCUGCUACGAGCUGCUGGUGGGGAACCCGCCCUUUGAGAGCGCAUCACACAACGAGACAUACCGGCGCAUCGUCAAGGUGGACCUGAAGUUCCCCGCCUCUGUGCCCGCGGGGGCCCAGGACCUUAUCUCCAAGCUGCUCAGGCACAACCCCUCCGAUCGGCUGACCUUGGCCCAGGUCUCAGCCCACCCUUGGGUCCGGGCCCACUCUCGCCGGGUGCUGCCUCCCUCGGCCAUGCAGUCUGUCGCCUGAUGGCCCCUGUCAUUCACUCAGUGUUUUGUGUGUGUGUGUGUGUGUGUGUGUGUGUGUAGGGGGAAGGAGGGAGUCUGGCCUGUUCCCUUAUCUGUCUUCUACCUCCUUUUUAAUAAAAGCCGAGGCUUUUGUA